AUGGAUCUAGGCGUGACCAAUAGAAAUGGCGCUCGAUUUGGCCCCAGGGCUGUACGAACAAUUGAGCGCAUUGGUCCUUAUCAUCAUGUUCUUGGGGUUGCACCGACAACACAACUCCGCAUAGCCGAUAUAGGAGACGUUCCCUUCAGAAGUAGAUUCAAUCUUGAACAAUCUAUUGAAGAUAUUGAAGAGUACUAUCAUAAGAUUGUUGAUGCCGGGGUCAGGCCAGUCAGCGUAGGUGGCGAUCAUUCUGUGACUCAUCCAAUUAUGAAAGCACUAGGGCGCGAGGAACCUGUUGGCAUGAUACAUAUUGACGCACACUGUGAUACAGGAGGCGUCUAUGAAGGUGCAAAAUUUAAUCAUGGCGCGCCUUUUCGCCACGCGGUGUUGGACGGUGUGCUGGAUCCGAGUCGCACGAUUCAGAUUGGAAUCAGGGGGUCAUCGGAGUUUAUUACGGAGUUUUCCCAUGAAUCCGGUAUGACCGUUAUUCAUGCAGAAGAAUUCCACGAAAUGGAUGUGAAUGAUGUGAUCGCCCAGGCGCGCAAGGUUGUUGGCGAUGGUCCGGUCUAUGUGUCCCUUGAUGUUGAUGGUAUAGACCCCGCGUUUACACCUGGAACAGGCACACCGGAAGUGGGCGGUCUGACGCCAAGGGAGGUGCAGGUUCUUUUUCAUGGCCUCGCCGGAUUAAACGUCAUCGGUGGCGAUGUGGUUGAGAUUGCCCCCCAAUACGAUGCAACCACCAAUACCAUACAAGUCGGCGCUCAAAUGUUGUUUGAAAUUCUGUGUCUUACAUCACUUGACUUGAUAGGGUGA